UCGCGAGACCCGUCAUAGCGGCGCAUCCUAGCCGCAGACUCGCAUCUUUUUAGAAGCUAUGUCAAGGUUAACUAACAAGCCUCUUUGUCUUUAUUUACUUAGCUUGAGCUCCACGUGGAAAUGUCACCAACAAGCCUCCAGACUGUCAACAAUGAGGAGUGGACUUGAAUCAGUAUGUGGUGGCAGAUUUAGGAGUAUUUCUUCAGCACAGCUACAGUCAGUCACAAGGACCUAUGGAUGUGCAGGACAUGCACAGCGGUUUGAUUGGAUUCUGAAGAGAAGGGAAGUCCAUUUAAGCAGACCGCUUGGAGAAGAAAAGGCACUUCAGUUCAGAGAUAUAACAGAGACUGAAUAUGAGAGACUAGCAGAUGAGACCCUGGAUGCAUUGGCAGAGUAUUUUGAAGACCUCAUAGAUGAGAGCUUCACUGGAAUGGACUAUGACGUUGUCUUCUCUAGUGGAGUGCUGACAGUGAAAGUGGGAUCUGACCAUGGUACAUACGUUAUCAACAAGCAGACACCCAACCGACAGAUUUGGCUCUCCUCACCGACAAGUGGGCCGAAACGCUACGAUUGGACGGGGGAGCGAUGGGUGUACGCUCAUGACGGCGUGGCAUUGCAUAAUCUGCUCUCCAAAGAGUUGUCCCUCAUCUUCAAAUCAAAUAUAGACCUGUCGCAUCUCAUCCAUUCAUGAUGAGACCAAUGUGAAGAACAGACACUGUUAUAGAUCCUUGCCACAGCAGUUCUCUUGUGACUCUCUUGAUCUUUUUGGUAAGACCUUAAAACUGUAGCUAGUGCUCAAAAAGACCUUCUGAAUUACAAUAUUGUAAUGGCUUAUGCCUCUUUUUGCAUGCAGACCUACAAAUUCAGCCAAGCUGACCUCGGAUGAACUGUAGAGAUUAUUUAUUUGUCUACAUCAAACCUGUACGCAAUUAUAAGCUUAAAAUGCACUCAGAACAGCAGAAAGUGCUCUCAUAAUCCCUGUAAACCUGUACCUGGUUAGAUUAAAACCAGAUGAAAGGGAUCACAUUUAAUGGCUCUUAAACCAGUUGAAUAAGACAAAUGGACACAGAUGUGUUUAUCUGCUCGCCUGGCCCUGGUUGAACUAGAGGCUGCUGGCUAGAUGCAGGAAAAGAAGGGGAUUGUGACAGACAGAUGGAGAAGUUUUUGCUCUAAAAGCCCCCAGCCAGAGCCUUUAUUCAAGUAUUAUCUGUGAAUAACGGCAUUACAUCUGAUCAUAUUCCUCAGAGCUUUACCGCCACCCUCAGAUGAUUUAAAAAUACCAGCCCAAUUUAGCAUCAGGCCACCCGUCAGUUAAAGCAUGUCAUUAACUUUGGUGAUACAACACACAGUAGUUAAUCAUUACUCCCCAGACGCUCCUUAAUCUAAUAGCCCAUAUAUCGCAACAUUAACUUGACACGCUGUGCAUGCAGAUGUUAAAAUAUGAGAUGGAUUGCACUACGGUUAUACGUUUGGUGUCUUUAUUCGGGUUGCAUGCGAUGAAACAAUAGCAUAUCUGCCGCCGUGCUAAUGUCUGAUGUACUUGUCCAUUGAUGCAUAUGUAAAUAUAAUAUGAAAUAAAUUAGAAUGCUGUCUUA